AUGCGUUUUGGAAAGAAGCUGCGAAAUUCGGUCUAUCCGCCAUGGGAAGAUCAGUACAUGGACUACGCGAAGCUGAAAGGCAUGUUACGAGAGGACGAAGACGACCCCACCUGGACCGAAGACGACGAGAAUAAGUUCUGUGACGAAACUUUGAACGUGCAGUUGGAGAAAGUUGCUGCAUUCCAAGCAGAAACUUUCAAGGCGCUGGAAGACCGAGCUGCGAAGACGGGCGAAAAACUACGAGACCUUGCUCCCGAGGAUGGCGCGAAGAAGGGUGAUAUAACCGCUGGCAGAUUCAAGGAGAUCGAGGAGGAGCUCGACGGGAUUACGAACGAGACGAAGGAACUGAAGAAGUACAGUAAUAUUAAUUAUACGGGGUUCCUCAAAAUUGUCAAAAAACACGAUCGCAAACGGGGAAACCACUACAAGAUUAGGCCGAUGGUACAACUGCGAUUAUCGAAACGGGCCUUCAACUCUGAGGAAGGUUACGCUCCUCUAUUAAACAAGCUCUCUAUGAUGUACUAUGUCGUUCGACAACAACUUGACGAAGCUCCGGAACCUAUAAAUUCUGCUGACGCCCAGUCAGAGACACAGAACGGCGAGAGAUAUGUUGCAUAUAAGUUCUGGAUUCAUAUGGAGAACCUACUCGAAGUGAGAACUUUUAUACUUCGGCGGCUACCAGUCCUGGUAUACAGCGAGCAAUCAUCCAAGGGCCUUGAUUCCCAAGGCGACCCCACCCUCAACUCAUUGUACUUUGAUAAUCCCGAUUUCGCCCUCUAUAACCAAAAGGUGGAGCGCCAAGUUGAUGCCUCGUCUAUAAGAAUCCGUUGGGCGGGGCAGUUGAAGGAGAGUCCAGAACUGGUCAUCGAGCAGAAAAUUAUUCAUCAGAACGGAAGUAGCGAGGAGAGGAGAUUUCCGAUCAAGGAGAAAUACAUUCAGGCUUUUAUUAAAGGAGAGUACAAGAUGGAGAAGAGUAUUCAAAAGAUGGAGCGUCAAGGGCAGCCUGAAGCGAAGGUUGCGGAAUUCAAAAAUACUGUCGACAGCCUUCAGAAGUUUAUUCUCGACAACGAUCUACAGCCAGUCUUGCGCGCGAAUUAUACAAGAACAGCUUUUCAGAAACCUCAGGAUGACAAAGUCAGGAUGUCCAUUGAUACUAGUUUAGCUUUCAUUCGAGAAGACGCAAUUGACGCUAACAGACCCUGCCGGGCCCCCAAUAAUUGGCACAGGCUGGAUAUUGAUAAUAGCGCUAUGGAAUAUCCAUUCUCUAAUAUCAACCAAGGCGAAUUGUCGAAAUUCCCUUACGCUCUGUUGGAAAUCAAGGUCAAAGAGGAUGGGAUCAAAAAGCAUCCACAAUGGGUUGAUGAUCUCAUGUCUUCUCACCUCGUUCACAAAGCACCUCGGUUCUCCAAAUUCGUUCAUGGAGUGGCCACUUUAUUUGAAGACAAUGUUAAUAAUCUGCCAUUUUGGCUAAGUGAAGUUGAGACUGAUAUUCGGAAAGACCCACAAGCGGCUUUCGAAGCAGAAGAGGAAAGGAAAGCCAGGCGUGCCGCAGAUGAACAGGUCGUUGGUAGCUUCUUGGGUACGUCGAGACCCAGUGCAAGUUACAAGGCGGCUGUUAGUUCACCAAUGGCCAAAUCAUACAUGCAGGAGCGUAUGGCCGCUGAAGCCAGUGCUGGUCGACGAUCUAACUUCACCGGAAAGUCAAAGUCUCAAAACGCUGCCACUGAGGACAACGAGGGGGAAACUAGCAAUCGAAAUGGUGGCUAUGGGACUCUUUCAUCAGUCUUUCCGUCCUUCUCAUUGUCGAGAUAUGCUCAGGCACGUCGAGAAAAGACCGUACAAUUGCCGCCGGGAGUUCUCAAGCCAACCCAGCUCAUAAAGGACUCUGGGCCCUUGAAGGUGGAGCCGAAGGUGUGGUUAGCCAACGAACGAACUUAUCUCAAGUGGCAGCACAUCUGCUUCUUGCUCGGGUCUUUUGCUAUCGUUCUUUCCAACACCGGUUCACAUGAUAGUGUGAGAUUGGCUAUGGGUAUCACAUAUCUCGUUGUUUCUGUUUUCGCCGCCGGAUGGGGCUACUAUAUGCAUCGGACCCGCCGAGAGAUGAUUGUUGCAAGAAGUGGCAAAGAUUUUGACAAUCUUAUUGGUCCAAUGAUUGUCAGCUUUGCUCUCAUUAUUGCUCUGAUAUUGAAUUUUGUUUUCAAGGCAUGUUACCCCUUUUUGUUUAACGAUGAGUGGCAGGGCUUUACUGACACGAAGAUACAGUGGCGUGAAGCACUUGAUAGGAACAAUUCAGAUGCUCCAAGCAACUCAACGGCUGAGAGUAUGUAUGAGGGUAUGAGAACCAAGCUUUUGUAA